UCAGCCACCCAAAACAUAAUCUCUUUCAUGCCAUCUUUUUUAGCUCCAAUCCUUGUCUGGAAUUUUUUCCAAACAUAUAUAACACCAAGAGUAAGAGUUCUGGAAUUUUUUCCAAGCAUAUAUAACACCAAGAGUAAGGGUUACAAAGAGUAUCUCGUUGCUAGCUAGCUUACUUAUCUCCUGGUCUCCUCCGUCCGUCUACUUUUAAGUGCUGGUAUUCGGCUUGCAUCAUUUAGCUAUUUCAUCAUGAUCACCGGGAAGGACAUCUAUGAAGUUCUGGCGGCGAUCGUACCCCUCUAUGUGGCGAUGAUCUUGGCCUACGGCUCCGUCCGAUGGUGGAAGAUCUUCUCAAAGGACCAAUGCUCCGGCAUCAACCGCUUCGUGGCGGUUUUCGCCGUCCCGCUCCUCUCCUUCCACUUCAUCUCCACCAACAACCCCUAUGCCAUGAACUACCACUUCAUCGCGGCCGACUCCCUCCAGAAGGUGGUCAUCCUCCUCGCGCUCUUCCUCUGGCACAACCUCUCCAAGCGCGGCAACCUCGACUGGACGAUCACCCUCUUCUCCCUCUCCACUCUCCCCAACACCCUCGUCAUGGGGAUCCCCCUCCUCCGCGCCAUGUACGGUGACUUCUCCGGUAGCCUCAUGGUCCAGAUCGUGGUGCUGCAGAGCGUCAUUUGGUACACCCUCAUGCUCUUCCUCUUCGAGUACCGGGGUGCCAAGGCCUUGAUCUCCGAGCAAUUCCCCCCUGACAUCGCUGGAUCCAUCACCUCCUUUCGAGUCGACUCCGACGUGGUCUCCCUCAAUGGUCGGGAGCCGCUGCAGGCGGAUGCGGAGAUCGGGCAGGACGGGAAGCUCCAUGUGGUAGUCAGGAGGUCCAGCUCUUCGGCGGGGAGGUCCACGGUGUCCUCCUAUAACAAGUCUCAUGGUUUUAAUUCUAUGACCUCGAUGACUCCAAGGGCUUCGAACCUCACCGGAGUCGAGAUCUAUUCCAUCCAAUCAUCGAGAGAGCCAACCCCGAGGGCUUCGAGCUUCAACCAGACGGACUUCUAUGCCAUGUUCUCUAGCAAGGUGACCAGCCCGAGGACAGGGUGCGGUGGUGGGUUCGAGGAGGAGCCGGGGACGAGGUUGGGGAAGCACAAGGGAGCUGGGAGCAAGAGCAGUGACUUCAUGAAUGGGGGGCUCUUCUCCACCUCUUCGUCUUCCACCUACCCGGCUCCCAAUCCUUUAAUGCUUUCCGGCCCGGCUUGCGGCAGUAAGAAGGAUGGUGGCACGAGUUCAGCCAUGAGUGCCAAUUCCAAUAAGGAGCUCCACAUGUUUGUUUGGAGCUCCAGUGCUUCGCCGGGCUCGGAGGCUAAUCUAAGAAAUGCGGUGAACCGGGCUGCCUCUCAUGAUUUUGGAAAUAUGGAUCCUUCGAAGCCUACUUUCCACCAGGACAUCCCUGCUCGUAAAGGACUGCAUGCCCCUAGUGGAAAUGCUAGUCCAAUAAGGAAGGCAGGAGUUAAUGGAGAGCUUGAAAUAGAGGACGGGUGCAAGAGCCUGGAAGGGAAGUUUCCAGCGUCUCCUUUUGUGGCCCAGAAGAAGGGGGCAGACACGGGGGGAGUCGCAGGGCUGGUGGAGAGCAACCACAGGAUGCCACCAGCCAGUGUGAUGACUAGGCUCAUACUCAUCAUGGUGUGGAGGAAGCUCAUCAGAAACCCUAACACAUACUCCAGCCUUUUAGGCCUAGUGUGGUCCCUCGUAUCUUUCAGGUGGAACAUCGAGAUGCCUACAAUAAUAAAAGGCUCCAUAUCAAUACUAUCUGAUGCUGGAUUGGGGAUGGCUAUGUUCAGCUUAGGACUCUUCAUGGCUUUGCAAGAUAAGAUCAUUGCAUGCGGAAAAUCCGUUGCGGCGUUCUCCAUGGCUGUUAGGUUCUUGACGGGUCCUGCGGUGAUCGCCGCAACAUCCAUUGCCAUUGGGGUCCGUGGAGUCUUUUUGCAUGUUGCCAUUGUUCAGGCUGCUCUUCCUCAAGGGAUUGUUCCAUUUGUAUUUGCCAAGGAGUACAAUUGCCACCCUGACAUCCUUAGUACUGCAGUUAUUUUUGGGAUGCUUAUUGCACUACCGAUAACCAUUCUCUACUAUGUUCUGCUCGGAGUCUAGAUGGCUUAAAGAAACUAAUGAGGAGAGAGAGAAGCCUAUUAACACAACCUUGAAGGAGAGAGAGGAGGAAACGAGACAAAGGGAAUACUACAAAGAAGGAAUAGGAGGAUGGAGUGGGGGGCAUUUAGUAAAGCAAAGUACCUUUUUUCCUAGUUAUUAUUAGGAGGCCAGGUGCCACGCAUCUAGUGUUAAUUUAAAAGUAGGACUUCUCACUAGAGCUCAAGCAUGUGAUGUUGGGAUAUGAAAUUCCAAUUUUUUAAGAUUUUUAUCUGUUUAUCUAUUGGGAUGUGAAUGUGUCCACCCUUCAGACU